AUGAUAUGGGCAUUCUUUGCUUUUAUUCAUGAAGUGAUUGUAAAUGUUUUUGAUCCAACAGCUGCUACAUGCUAUGGUACAGAAAAACAUUAUUGUGUAAAUUUCGAAUUACGUAUGAUAGAUUGCCUAGAAGCUUAUGGAAUGUAUAAGGGGAUGAAAGAAUGUGAAGAUUUUAUAACUGAUAUAAAUGAAUGUUUAUGGUCUUUGAAGAGUCGUAAAAGUGUGUUUAAAGUACGAGAAGAGCUUAUUUCUCAAUACAAAAAAGGAGAAAGAAAAGAUUGUUUUGCUAAAUCUCCAUUAUUUGAUAUUUAUUGAAUUAUAUUUAGUAUU